GAUAUACAAUUAAAAAUCGACCAAGCAGCAACAGCAGGAGAAGAGUUUUCCAAGUACUAUUAUGAGUGUUUCGAUAAGAAACGUUAUUUGCUACACAAGUUGUAUAUGGAUAAUGCAACCCUUAUAUGGAAUGGCAACCACGUGAGUGGCUCUAAUGACAUCAUGAAGUACUUUGAGCAGUUUCCGACAACAGAGACAACGUUAGAGUCUCUAGACUGCCAGCCUAUUCUUGAUGAGGCCGUGAACGGGCAAUCGACGAUCCUUGUCGUAGUCAGUGGUGUAGUGAAGUAUGAGCGGGUCAAGACUGCAACGUUUCAACAGAACUUUAUGCUCACCGCCCAGGGCACAGUGUGGAAGGUGGUAACCGACUGGUUCCGGUUCCAGGAGCCACUUCGAACGUCGUAACCUUGACGCCAGAAAAUAGUUUUGAUCGCAGAAGCCUGCAGGAUGUUCCGCACAAGAGAGCGGUCCUAUUUCGAAAUUUUCCGUCAGUAUCGCGGUGGUCACCGAGAAACAUGGCGAGAGCAAUAGCAAUUUGUGUGAGAUGCUCUCCUACUAUUAUAUAUACCUGACUAUGAUAUAGUCGUAAUAAUGCAUUGGUGUUGUCAAUUGUCAUCAUUGCUGGUGAAAUUGAUGUUAUAUAUAUGUGUGUGCAUUUGUCAUAUAGCUAUAUUUUUAUAAGAAAUAUUAAGCAGGCAUGCAAAAAGUCAAGUGAUUGCAUUUUCUGUCAAUAUAAUAACAUUUUUAUUCACAAUCA